AGUUGCGGUUGUAGGAACACAGCCCGAGGAGGUCAUACAAGGAUCUCCGCAAGAGAUCGGCUAUCUGAGCACGAGUCUACCUUGUUGCCAUGCCAACAGGUCUCCAUCUUCCUCCACCCUAGCAAGAUGCCAUGAAGCAAAGGGAGUCAUUUUGAGGGCCAUUAAAGAUAGCAGCAGGAUAGAACCGAACCACCACAAUCCACAGGGGAAGGGUCCCUUUGACCAAAUCCCACAAAAAUGAGCAGGAGCUGUGCAGCAAGACAGGCUGCGUACACAAUACCAGCUUAAAACACAGCUAGGAGCUGACAUGGCCUAUCAGACGGAGUUCAUCAUUGAUGCCCAGCCACAAGCUGCUGGCACCAGCUACACUUUGAGCAACCAGGGGGCCUGGAAUACAGAACUGUGUGACUGCUGUUCUGAUAUGGGCAUCUGUCUCUGUGGUACCUUCGUUCCGUGCAUCCUUGCCUGCCGUGUGUCAGAGCAGGCAGGUGAGUGCUGCUGCCUCCCAUACCUGCCUGGCACUCUCAUUGCUCUGCGGACCGGUGUGCGCGAGAGAUUCCACAUUGCGGGCUCCAUUUGUGAGGACUGGGUGGUCAUGGCCUGCUGUCCAUUCUGCGGCCUCUGUCAACUCGCCCGAGAGCUGAACACCAAGAACUGAAGCAGAAGAGAAGCUGGCAGACAUUCUUCACUCCUGCAGGGAGAAUGAAGUAGCUGGAUCAAUGGCAGUGAGGGACGGAGGCCAGCUUCUGAACCCAGAAGCGUAUCAACUGCAGAGCAAAAGACCUAUUGUCCUUGCACAAGGAAAGAGGAAAAGAUAUGGCUCUCUUCUGUUCAGCCCCUAUGGUCAUCCCACCUUGAAAAUUGUGUCAAAAUAAAAUAAUCAUUGUCUCAAACUG